CAGGUGUCGCAGGAUGUGGUGCAGAGUGCACAUUUUUUAUACAGAAUAUGUUUAAAGUUUUUGUGUUUAACUAUUAAAAACCUCUUGAGUAACAAACACACAUAUGGUCCAGAAUGAGAUGGAGAUAUGUUUGUUAAAUAAGACUGAGAAUAAGAAUGUAAAUAAGAAAACAGGACAUCUGAGGAUCCUUCCAUUUCCGUUUCUAGGACGGUACAGCAGUCAUUUUCAGUUCUGUUUUUAAUCUUUUCAUGCUGUGACAAUGGCAGUACAUCACCUACUUGUAUUUCUUCUGACCUUCCAAACAGGGUUCAGUGCUGAGAUCCCUGUGUUUGUUCAGACAGGAGAUUCUGUUCAACUGGAUUUACAGACACAAGAACUACCACAGUUUGAUGAUUUAUCCUGGAGAAAUGAUAAAUUAAAGAAUAUAGUUAAAUAUUUUCAUAAAGAUAAAGAAGCAAGACCUCACUCUUCCUACAAGGACAGAGUGGAUUUCAAUAAUGAAACCUUCUCUCUCACACUGAAGAACAUGCAGAAGACAGACAGUGGACUCUAUACAGCAAGAACAAGUGGAGAAUCAGAGGAAAAUAUUGUUACAUACAGAGUAUCUGUUAUAGAUGCUGUGGAGGAUCCUGUACUGACUGUAAACUCAAACUGGUCCAGCAGUGACUCCUGUACUGUGAACUUCACAUGCAGAGCUCAUGACCUCAUGAUUCACUCCAGCUAUCAGAACAACAGAUGCUCUCCAGAGGAAGUGACAUCACAUAAGAUCUACACUCUGAUCCUGUACUGCAGUGAGGAAUCCAUCAUCUGUAACCAUAGCAACCCGGUUAGCAGCAAAAAAGACAGAAUAGAGAUCAAACAGCUCUGUGUCAAUAAUAAAGAGAACAUCACAGGUGAUGACGAGACUAAGCCAUCUCUCCAGUCUUGGCCAUAUAUUUUGGUGGCAGUGUGUCUUUUUUUGGCAAUUACAAUAUUUCUAGUAUUUCUCUACUGCAAGUGUAAAAAAGGUGUCCAAGAGGCUGAAAAUACAGUCUAUGAUCAAGUUGAGCUAUCUGCCCUAUUCAAUGGAGCCCAACCAGAGACUCGCUUCUCAGCUGGGGUUGCCCCCUUUUUAAGUUGCCUAUCACAGCGUGGCAAGCCAAAGCCAGUGCUCAAGAAAUGCAGAAAACCAACAGUGAUGCUAAUACAUAUGAUGUUCCAGAACAGGUUCAAGAACACACACAAGAAGAAACAGGAGAUAAUCAGCCCAACACAAUGUACUGCACAGUAGGACAACACCAAAAACGUGCAGACCCCCCUGAAACAGAACGUACAAUUUAUGCAAUGGUGUGCAAACAACCAAAACCAACCACCACUUCAUCUGAUGACGCAUAAAAUGAAACUGUGGUUGUUUGUCACAUGGGGACGUUUCACAAGGGCUGAUCUCAAAAUGGCAUCCUAAUCUUACCAUCUCUGCCACAUAGUUAUACAGGGUAUACACAUAGAACAGUAUGCUAUUCUGAAAUUCAGCCAAGCAUGUUUGUCCAAUUCAGGUGUUUUCUUUCUUUGGUUUAGUACGUUGGUUUCAAACAUCCAGAUCCAAACUGUCUUUUUUAUAUUUUUGUGUUAAUAUAACUUCCAAAAAUAACCCUACGGUGAGUAAUAUUAACUGAAGUAAACCAUGUGACUAACUAACCCCGGUCUGCCCAACAGGAAAAUCAGUAGUAUAAAACUGCAGAUAUAAUAUGGGCCUCACUUCCCAUGUUAUAUUAAAUAAUUAUUAAUUUCAAUUUAAACAGAUAUAAACCCAGACAAGCUAAUGCAGUACAAAUGCAAAUCCAAUAUUACUUACCCCGACUUAGAGGAGCCUAAUCACAAGAGUCUUCCUAGUGAUCCUAGGCUAAUAGAAGACUUGUGAUUAGGCUAGUGACUAGAUGGUCUUCCUAGAUAACCACUAGAUGGAGACAUUUUAUCUCCUUUCUAUACCAUUGAUCCUAAAGAGGCACAGCCCUGAAGAGUUUAGCUUGAAUACUUGAUACUUGUUUUGAGAGGGCUAAAAAGUAUGUUCUAUGUACUAUAAACAUCUGAAUGUACUAUAUUCGCAAUGUUGUAUUUGUUCUAUAAUGUUGUUGUAUAAUGUUCUUUUAGUUUAGCCUCUGUUAAUGUUAGAGGUUUAAGAGAUCAUACGAAAAGGAAAGCCUUAUUUUUGUAUUGUAAACGUAGUAACACAGAUUUUAUUUUUGUUCAAGAAAGUCAUUCAUGUGAAUCAGACGUCAAUUUUUGGAAAACUCAGUGGGGAAACACAGUCUUCAUGAGUCACGGAUCUAAUCGCUCUGCUGGUACUUUAAUUUUGAUGCACAAAUUUAGAGAUAUUUUAGAAUGUUCUUCAUCUGAUGAGGGUAGAUAGAUCAUUUUAGUAUGUAAGACCGAAAAUGUGGUUUUAUAUGUAUAUGUAAUGUUAUAUGUAAUGUUUAUGGGCACAACUGACGGAACGCCAAUGUAUAUACGUUCAAAGAAUUGGGAGCCAAGCUUUCUAAUAUACAAAGCCGCUUUAUUACUGCAGGCUAUUGCGCGCGAAAGUGAAAGUGCCCUACUGUGCCCCCGCGUUCCCAUUUCUCCCAUUAGGCCUACAUUAGAUUACAAUUUCUCUAAAAACUUCUUUUUAAACCUACAUGAAAAACUUGAAAAGUAAUAUUAUGAAGUAAACCGUGUAACAACUAACCCCAGUCUGCCCCACAUGAAAAUCAGUAGUACGAAUCAGUAGUCUUCCUAUUGCAUUUUGACUGAUAACCACUAGAUGGAGACAAUGGAUUUUAUUCAUAGUACAUGGAGGGCCACAGCCCUGCAGAGUUUAAUCAAAGAAUAUAGGCCUACAUUACCAAGAAGCGACACUUCCCAGCAGCGGCCCUGCGUUUCCUGCCGCCAUUUUGUGGUGAAAGCGACUCGUCAGUCCACUAGUUUCUAUGGCAAUAUCAGCUGCUUUGUUAAAAAAAAACUUACAUUAAAUCUGAAAUCCAACCUGAACGAUGACAACACAGAUUAAAAUACUUUCACUAGUGAUCAUCAAAUCCUUUUAACAGUUUAUUUUACAGACUUUGUGUUUAAGUCUUCCACUUUUUUCACAAAACCUUUACUCAGAAACCAAGUCAGUUUGGGUUAAAAUUCUUUGAAGUUCAAGUAUUAGCAUUAUAAACACUGAAUUAAUACCAACUAAUUACCAAUUAAGGACAUGCAUCAGAAAAAUUAGGAAUGUUGGACAAUAAUUUAUUUUAUAACAGCUUGAUUUUGCAGUGUUGUCUAAUGUCCGUUGAAGAAAAAGUGUCCAAAAGUGGGAAUUAUGCGAUAACGGACACAGCAAUGCAUCAUGUAUUAUAAGAUCAUUAUGUUUGAAGCGUGAUCCAUUAAAACGAACAAUAUAGCCCAUUUCAAUUCAGACCUAGUGGAGUGAUACUAUUAUUACUAUUACUCCACUAGGUCUGAAAUAUAUUGUUCGCUGCAAACAUGAUGAUCUUAAAUUUAUUAAUUAUUAAUUUACUAUUAAUAAAUGUGUAAAGUUGCAUAAAAUGGAAAUACUCAAUAAAGUAGGUUGGAUGGUUGAAUGGUUGGAUUCCACAACUGGUAAAAUAAAACAUAUAUAAAACAAUACAACAUUUACUGUAGGAGCCAUACAAUUUACUGGUGAAUUCAUUUUAAAAAACUGUUCUAUUGCGCUUCUGAUUUGGCAGUGAAAUUCGCCGAUUUUGGGUGCGUAAGAUGUGAAGGAUUCUAUGGUCCAUUUAGUAUUUUCACCCCAUAAUGGCGGCCGCGCUACCGGAGCGCCAUCUAGUGACUGUUGCCCAAAAGUAUCAGAGUGUCGCCUCUUGGGUUCUAUACUCUUUGGUUUAAUUUCAACCUUAAUUAAAUACAUCUGAACCAGCUAACCAAGACCAGCACAUGUAUUUUUGUAGAAAUGCAUUACAUGUAAACUGAAUUCACAGUUGCUUGUUAAUUUUUACAUAUUCUGUUACAGUAUGUCUUCCCCUAACACCACACAUUCUUCCCAUUGCUUUUCCAUGACAAGCAACUGUGUAUUUUCAGUUUAUAUGUAACACAUUUCUACAAAAAUAAACUGCUGUUGAUGUUUAGGGAUUCAGACUUUCCUCCAUGUUCAAAAAUAGUAGUGAUGUUGGGCAAGCUCCAUAUAGCCUACUGUAUGCUUCCAAACUUGAUUGGUUGAUUGGUAAGAUUGUUAUUCCUAUUUCUUUACAAUGGCAGGCCAUUCGUCAAUUCAGCAGACAUUACAAAUAUUUCAUGCCAUAGGUAUGUCAGACAUGCAUGUAGUCCUAUGGCAGAUUUUGGUAACUGAAUGGAUCAUUUUGCAUGUCUAAGCUCACACGAUGAAGGAAUGUUUAGAAUUGCACUUUUGCACAUGCAAAUCGCUUAAAUCAAUAAAAAAUCCAAAUUUAAUGUGAGCAAGAAACUAAUUGCUCAGAGACCUGAUCUGAACUUGUUGUUUUGAGAAAAAAGUCUCAUUUGAGAAAUGAGCCAAAGCGAUUGUAAAAACUGUAAAAUUACGUAAAUUUUUAUUUCUUUUACUGAUUAUCAGCUGUUACUCACGGAAGUGUAAUAAUCACAAUCCCUGCAUCCCAAUGUGCAUACUAUCCACCCUAUCUGCCCUAAAUAGUAUUGAAUAUUACUAACGUCACAUACUAUUUAGGAUGGAUAGUAUGCACUCUAAGACGCAGACAAGGAGUCUAGUGGUUUUUACAAAGUAUUUAUUGGUCAUUUAAUAUCAUAUGCCCCCGGUUUCACAGACAAGGCUUAAACUAGUCCUAGACUAAAAUGCAUGUUUGAGCUGUUUUAUCUGAAAGUAACUUGCAUUGUAAAAUAUGUCACUGCCAUUGUUUUGUGUCAAGAAGCACACCAGUAAUGUUUUUUUUUAGGGUAAUGUUUUUUCUAAAAGCUACUUAAAUACCCUAAUUAAAAUAAGGCUUAAUCCUGGCUUAGCCCAAGCCUUGUCUGUGAAACCAGCCCAUGGUGUAAUGUUUUACUGUUACUGUACUAUUGGUCUGUUUUACUGUAUAGUUCUUUGCUUACCUGUUGAUUCAGCUAUAUCCUGGUUGAUUACACAUGUUGUAAUUUUGAUGUUUGUUUGUUUACUGUAUGUUUAUUAUUGUAAUAGUUUAAUUUGCUUAAUACUGUGCUUAGUGUAUUUAUUUGGCUUGGGGAAAAGAAAAGGUUGUUUUAAUGUUAUUGAUAUAAUGUGCAUUGUUGGAAUAAGAUAUACCCUGAUAAAAUGGUUCUCCCCCAUAUCUGUUUGGCGGGAAAAUUAUGUAUUUAA